UCAAAAUGGGCCUUUCUCACUCGGCGCAGUCAUUGCAUGCAUCCAAUCCGUGCACCUCAUCUCUCUGAGCUGCCGUUGUCUCUUCAACAACCAGGUCUGUGUGCUUCAGUUGGUGUUGUUCAAGUCCAUCAACCUUGCUACCACUACCGGUACCGGUACCCUUCCACACAACUGAGCAGCAGCUAACUCAACCAGCACCAACUAUUAAUUGGAACGAUGAGCAAUCAUGCUGCUACCAAUGGAGUCAACGCGUUCGAUGCCAGAAAGACACGAAAGGCAAGAUUACAAAACUCGCGAAUUCGAAGCAAGCAAGCACAAUGGCGGCAGAGACUGAACCCAACGCGACUGCUAUGGUCAAGCUCAUCCGGUUCGUUAUCCAAGGUAUUUCCAAUCCUACUGAUUGGGAUCCUCUCGAUUUGGCUCUGUACGUCACUAUUCUCUGUCUACCAGAUAUCGCAAGCUCCAAUGGCACAGCCAAUGGUAACCGACGCAAAGACCUUCCUGUCUCGACUCAAAAAUGAUGCCUUACAAAAGGGGUUACAAGUGUCAGAACGGUUGUUGGUGCCAUCCUCGAAAUUUUCCAAAAAACAGGAGGGCGAAAUGAUUGACAUGAGAGAGCUGGAUGCAACUCUCCCCUUUGAUAAUCCAGAUGGUGGGGCUUGGAAGCAAGGGUGGGAUGUUCAACCAGUCAAGCCGACAAAAGAAAAUCCCGUCAAAAUUUUUGUAGUCCCACAUUCACACUGUGAUCCUGGUUGGAUCAAGACGUUUGAUGACUACUUCCAAUCACAAACGAAACAAAUUCUAACCUCUGUCAUCAAUGCAUUGGCCAAAGAUCCAAAGAGGAGAUUUAUUUGGGCAGAAAUCAGCUACUUUGAAUGGUGGUGGAAAGAACAGACGCCUCAAGUACAACAAUUAACAAAAGCAUUGCUAGCAAAUGGCCAGCUAGAAUUUGUGACUGGAGGAUGGGUGAUGCCAGAUGAAGCCAACACACAGCUGUAUGCCAUGGAAAUCCAGCUGCAGGAGGGGCAUGAUUGGAUUAAGAAAACACUUGGGCACCAGUAUAUUCCAAAGUAUGGAUGGAGCAUUGAUCCCUUUGGGUACUCACCCACAAUGGCCUAUUUGCUCAAGAACUAUGGCUUCAAGGCUAUGCUGAUACAGAGAGUCCACUAUGCAGUCAAGAAGGAAUUGGCCAAGACGAAACAUUUGGAAUUCAACUGGAGACAGGUUUGGGAUGAUGAGGGUGAAUAUGAUAUAUUUUGCCAUGUCAUGCCAUUCUUCUCCUAUGAUGUGCCACACACUUGUGGACCUGAUCCAAGUGUCUGUUGCCAGUUUGAUUUUGCCAGAAUGAAAAGAAUUGGUUGCCCCUGGAGAAAGAAUCCCAAAGAAAUCACAGACAGCAAUCUGCAGGAGAGGUCAAUGCUUCUUCUGGAUCAGUACCUCAAGAAAGCUUCGCUAUAUCGAUCUAAUGUGGUGAUUGCUCCGCUUGGUGAUGACUUUAGGUAUCAAACUGCAGAAGAAGCCGAGCUGCAGUUUACCAACUACCAAAAGAUAUUUGACUACAUCAACACACAUGUGGAGGGGGUUCAGAUUCAGUUUGGAACCUUGAGUGAAUACUUUGAGGCUGCCAUGGGAACCUUUGAACCACCUUUGCUGAAAGGUAGCUUCUUCACUUACUCAGAUGUCAAUGAGGACUACUGGAGUGGCUACUACACUAGCCGGGUCUUUGACAAAUCUCUGGACAGGCUCUUGGAGCAGUCGAUAUUUGCAGCUACUGCUUUGGGUGCUGACAAAGAAGACCUGCAAGAGCCACGACGAGCUUUGAGUCUCUUUCAGCACCAUGACGGGGUAACUGGCACUGCCAGGGAUCAUGUUGUUCAAGACUAUGCAAAGCGUAUUCAUGCGGCAAUUGCAAUGACACAGGAAUUUAUUGGACCGAGGAUUGCUGAGUUGUCUAAUCUUGACUCAAAUCAGAAACUGCUUCCUUGUUGGAGAUCCGCAGAACCUCGCGGGAUUCGACGGAACGAGUGCAACUUGAAGAAUCCCGUCUAUGUGUUCAAUCCGCUGAAGACCAGUCAAACCUGUGGGGAUGUUGAGGUCGCACCGUAUCAGGCUGCCGUGGCCCAUUUGCCAUGUGAUGUUGCCGGUCCCCUUGUGGAUUCCACGGUGAACAUUCAGUUUGAUCCUGUUAGUGGCCUCAUGACCCACCCUAUUCGCGAAGAAUGGAUGACAUGGCAUGAUAAGGGGAACGGGAAGGCCGGGGCAUAUCUUUUUGCCCCAGACAGACUGGAACCCUUUCUGCCUAAACAACAAACCAUACAGAUAAAGAAAGGCGGAUAUUCUGUCGUAAGCAACGAUGAACGGGGCAAAUGGAAGCGCAGAGUCGUGGAAAGGAGAGUGCCAUCCGACUUUGGCUCGACGUCCACAGUCAUCGACUUUAUCUUUGAAACAGACUUGAAAUCGGAUGAUCGUGAAUGGUUUGCUAGAUUCACGGGGAAUGUGAACAACAAGGGUGUUUUCCACACUGAUCUCAACGGCUUCAACUUCGACACACACUACUUUCGAAAAGACCUGCCGUUGCAAAGCCAAGUAUUCCCCAUGCCAACCCUUGCUUCCAUCGAAGACGCGAAAUCUCGAAUGACCAUCCUCAGCAACCACGCUCAGGGCACAGCAUCUUUCCAGGAUGGUUCCAUUGACGUUUGGCUAGAUCGAAGGUUGUCGACCGAUGACUCGCGAGGGCUGGGACAGGGGGUCAGAGACAACGUUGCGACUCGAACGAUUCUAAGAGUGGUUCUGGAGCCUCAAAUUUUUGGCUCUGACACCGAGUUUCGCGUGACGCCACUGUGUAGCAGAAUGUGGAACGAGUUAAACCACCCAUUGGAGAUCUUCGGCCCCCCUGGCGACAGCGUAGUAACAGCUGAUAACCCAGGGCAGCAAGGGCAGCAAGCAGAAGUGCCUGCUGUCAACAAGCCCGCCCUGGAUCGAAUGUGGGAUGCUCUUCAUGGUUUCCGAACCGCAGACAAGCCAAACCCCGUACCCCAGCCAGAGGCACAAGUUGCACAAAAUGCAGGCACAACAAAGCAGACGGUUGUUCCUUUCGUGUUCAUGGUAUACAAACGGGUGGAUUUCUUCAAGAAGGUUGUUGACUCUCUGCGGAAGUCAGACUUUCCUCGUUCAGUGGCACCCCUGAUCAUAUCUCACGACGGCCAUUUCGAAGAUUUUGUCGCGUAUGUUCAGACUCUGAAAGGUGAAGGCUUCAAGGUGAUCCAGCUAUUCCAUCCAUUUUCAUGUGCCGAACAUCCUGACACAUUCCCGGGCCCAGACCCAAAACUCAACGAGGGUUACAGGGGUGAUUCGUAUGGGCACCCCAGAGAGGCAUGGGUUACGUGCUGCAAACAUCACUUUACCUGGCUCAUGAAAACAGUCUUCGCACUUGAUUUGGGACCAGUGAGGGCUGAGAGCUUCCUCUUUAUGGAAGAAGACUAUGUCGUUGCCCCAACAAUCUACUCCGCCAUUCAAUCUGGGUUGAAUCUAAUGGAAACUUCGUCACCAAAACCAGUGGGUGGCUACUUUGGGCUGGUGCUUGACACAAGUGAUGGCUUCACCAAGCCGUACAACCCAAACUCGGAUCAAUUUUGGGGGGCACGGAGGUUUAUUACGGGCCCGAUGGUUUUGCCCAGGGUGAUGUUUGAGAGAAUUCGAGAUAAUGCAAGGGAAUACUGUACAUUUGAUGAUUACAACUGGGAUUGGAGUCUCGUGCACAUGCAAGGCGCUGGAAUUCUCCCGCACACAGUGUUGGUUCCAUCUCGACCGCAGGUGUUGCAUAUCGGCUUUGAAGGUGGGAUGCACGAGAAGGAUAUCAAACCUGCAGUUCGAGCGGCCUUCAAGAGGUCCGGGGGGAUCGCUCCGCCGUUUAAAUCUGAAAAGGUGUACGGCCCAGUGAAUGUCAAAACAAAGGUUCACAAGAGAGGAUACGGUGGUUGGGGUCAUCCGGCAGAUCACCAGCAUUGCUUGGAUCUCAUCGGAAGAUAAUGGGGGUCUCGUUGACUGUCACUCGUACCAGUAGCUAGCCGCCUCAUCUCUAGCUAGCUAGUGAAGUCAUUACUAACGAACGAAACAUGUAUUUUAUGAAAUUAGAGAUAUCAUUGAGUUAUCGCUUUUGCAGGAGGU